CACACUUCUGUCGUUUUGUUAGUUAUCCCAUUUACGGUGUUGUUAUUGGUCAUCUAGCUGGCUGGUUAAGUUAGCACUAGCCUAGCUAGCUAACGUCCCCGACAAUGAGCUCGCUAAGCUACUCACCUCCUGCUAAAGCAGAGGGGGUCUGCUGGACGGAGAAACAGGGUCUGUGGCUGAACGUUGUCGUAAAAGAGGAGAAGGAAGAAGAGGAGGAUGUCACUAUACAAAAACAAGUAGAGGCUGAAGCCACGGGAUCAGUGUCUCUAAAUUUGGACAGUUGCUGCUCUGAUGAAAUUGACUGGGAGAGUGACACAGAAGGAAUGGAUGAGGACUCUGUGAGUGACCAGAGUUUUGAUUCCAGCGCGGAAGAAAUGUUUUUGGAAGGAAAAGAUCCACUUUUAGAUCAUGGUAGAGACUCUGACUCUGAUGACCUCUGGGUGCCACUCCAAAGAGACCACAGUCCUCCAUCCCCUACUCAUUCAAACGUAGGAACUGGUUCCUCCAGUAUGACCCCUGCUGCUGCUGCCUCUGGCUCCACACCCACCCUGGCCCGGCCAUCUAGAGGUGUGAAGAAGUCAGCCCAGAAGCGGAGAAGGGCUGGUGAACCAGCGGCAACUACCACCGAGGCAGAGGACCGCUGGCACACUGUGCUAGAGGAUGACGUGGAGCCACUUAUACCAACAUUUAGACCGAGAAGGCAGCCAGGACCUCAGCUGGACAUGACUGUAAAGUACAGCCCCCUUCAUCUUUUCCAGAUGUUUUUCUCCUUGUCAGUUCUUCAUUCGCUGGUGUCUAACACCAACAAGUAUGGGGCUAAGAAACAAGUAGGCAAGAAAGAGGCAUGGAAGCCCAUUUCCAUCCAAGACCUGUACUGUUACAUCUCACUGGUUAUUUACAUGGGGCUCGUGAAGUUGAAUAACCUGAAGGACUACUGGAGAAGCUCAACACUCUACCAACUGCCUUUCCCCACCACUGUCAUGUCAUCUAACAGGUUUCUGACUAUCUCACGGGCACUUCAUAUCAGUGACCCACAAGUUGACGACGACAAUGACAAGAAGAGAGGCACAUCAAGCUUUGAUAGGCUCUGCAAAAUCAAACCUCUCUACCCCAGCAUGGUUGAGGCCUGCAAGACCCAUUUUCAGCCCAACCAGAACGUGUCCAUAGAUGAGAGGAUGGUAGCCUCAAAGGAUACAAAUGGCCUCAAACAAUAUACGCGUAACAAGCAAACAAAAUGGCCUUACAAACUGUUUGUUUUGGCCGAUUCUGUGUGUGCCUACACUUGGAAUUUGUUUGUUUACGAGGGGAAAUCCAUCCCAGACACCGGUAAGGGACUUAGUUAUGAUGCAGUUAUGGAAUUAUUGGAUUUUCAACUGCUGGGGAUGGGCUACAAACUGUUUGUGGACAACUUCUACACAAGCCCUACCCUGUUCACAGACCUGAGGAAGCUGAAUGUGUGGGCUUGUGGCACCAUUUGUCCCAACAGAGUGGGUUUUCCCAAAACAAAAGUAAACGACAUGCCAAAGAGGGCUGAUAGGGGUACCAUGCGAUGGAUUCGUAAAGAUGACCUGCUCUUUGUAAAGUGGAUGGAUACCAGACAGGUGGUCAUGUGCUCCAGUGUCCACAAAUCGUACAGUGGCGAUCACGUUGUCAAGCGUGUGAAGGACGCUAAUGGGGCAUGGACCACUAAAGAUGUCCCCAUUCCUGCUGCUGUAAAGGAUUACAACAAGAGCAUGGGAGGUGUGGAUCUGUCAGACGCUCUGAUAGGCUACAACAAUGUUCUCCACAAGACAAUGAAAUGGUACAGGACAUUGUUCUAUCAUUUCAUUGACAUUGCUGUGGUGAAUGCAUUCGUCCUUCAUGAGGAAAUGGCUAAGAGCUGUGGACAGACCCCCAUGACACAGCUAGCCUUCAGAGAGCUGCUCAUCCAGGAGCUUGCUGGCUACGGCACAAAGUCCACUGCAGCACCUUCUGUCCGCUCUACAUCUGUCCCCUCUACUCCUGUCGCCAGUGGUGUUCACCUGCCAAAAUACAUCACUGCAGACCUGAAUGUGCCUCUGGGUAAAAAGAGCACAGCAGGGAGGCGUCGUUGUGUUCUGUGCCACAAGAAAUCUCCCAUCACCUGCUCUACUUGUUCUGUUACCCUCUGCUUGACAGCAGAGAGAGACUGCUAUGGGACUUGGCAUCAGCAGCACAAUCUGGUGUAGAGGUGUUACCCUCUGCUUCACAGCAGAGAGAGACUGCUAUGGGACUUGGCAUCAGCAGCACAAUCUGGUGUAGAGGACUGUGGUUUAAAAAAACAAAAAAUCUAAUUGUAAAUAGUUUCCCCCCCCCCCUUCUCACUUUGUGUGUGGUUUGUGGUGCAUUUAUGACAUUAGAUCAGUGUUGGCUGCUAACUUGGCCCUUAUCUUAAAUAGUUCACUUCUGUGUUGGAUCAGCGUUCUCGUCUUAUGUUAGUACCUUUUACGUAGGGAAGCUAAAGAUCCAUUAUGAAUGACAUUCCUAGAGGUAUGUGUCAACUUACAUUUUUUUAUUGCCAUAGCAUUUUAGUAUGUUCUCUAUAGUCAUUAAGUUUUGGGCAAACUCAUGAGGGACACCUGGGAAAACUUCAUACUAAAUAUGAUGUAGUGCUGUCAUUCUUCAACGUAUCAGUCUGACACUUUGCUGCCAUGUGGUGGACAACAGCUAAAUGAUCCUUUCAGCUUCCUGUCUCAAUGUAAAGGCCUUUUCUUUUGCAUUUCAACUUCCUGUCUCGAUGUAAAGGCGUUUUCUUUUGCAUUUCAACUUCCUGUCUCAAUGUAAAGGCCUUUGCAUUUCAACGAUGAUCAAAUAAAAAUAGAAGAAAAAAAUUC